GCCAGCAUUGUCUUUCUAUUUACGUUGUUUUGGUAAAUAUUGGGAAUGAUGUGUAAAACGCAUUCCAAAAUACGUCGUUUACAAUUGAACAAAAUGUUCAAACAAAUUUGAUUUGUUUCAAGAAAACACAAAUUGUUAUAUGUCAGUUAUUUAUCAAUAUCAACAUUAUCGGUAAAAUGAUGCGAUGCUGUAUUCUGAGUUGCGAUACGGACGAGAAUGUCGUCAAUUCAACAUCCGCUUUCUUUGUUGGAUUUCCGACGGAUCCCGUAUUACAUAGAAAAUGGAUAAAUAUUCUUGUCACAAAUCAUUUACUUCUCGACGAAUACAUUAAUGAAAGAACAAAAAUUUGCAGUUGCCAUUUUGGCGAAGAAGACUUCGGGAAACAUCCUGUUCACGGCUAUCGGUUUCUACUUCCUACUGCUGUACCAUCGAUUUUCACGUUAAUUGAAGAAGAUUCCUCCACAAAUCUUGUUCUAAGUGAUAUAGAUGCCAAUGAUCUAGUGGCUGAUGAAUCAAAUUUGGCAGCUUUCACUGAAUCGAAACAAACAAUUUACGAGAUAAAGCAACCGCCGGAAGAUUUUGAACCGGACAACAUGUCUGCCACAUCAAUGAGUGAUCUGGAACAAACAACGGAAACGAUCGGGAUCGAAUACGCCAACGGAAAGUACUACUUUUUGCAAUCAGACGAUGAGUGCGCGGACGAUUUAAUCGAACAAGACGAUAAGUCUGAUUGUAGAACAGUCGCUUCAUUUUUACUUCCGAACAGUGCUUCGUAUAAUCAGAUCGAAAGCAGCAAUACCAUUACUGGUAAUGAUUUUGACAAUUCUACCCUUCCAAAUAGCGAUUCAGAUCUGAAACAGACGGAAAUAGGCCCGGCCAGUCCAACUGAUCAAAUCGUUGAAGAAACAUGUGCUGACAGUAUGAUUCAAUUCGCCAGUAGCGUAGAGCCAUCGGAAUGUUCUAGCACUAAUUAUUCCGAGCUAAAAUCAGUCACCGAGCUUGUGCUGGUUAAGGAAGAACUCAAUGACGGCAAUGAUUCUUUGAUCGAAUUUGUUGAAGAUGACGGACUAGCGACUACCGGAGCUCGAUCACCUGAGACGGAGUACGGUACUGUGGAGAUGCUUGAGGAGGACGAAUCACAGUCGACAGUUCGGAGAAGGGGAGCUAGAAUCGACAAACAUUUUUGCAAAACAUGUGGCAAAGGUUUCCCUUACGAAAGUGGUCUUAAGAAACACGAAUUUGUGCACAACGGCGAGAAGCCACACACUUGUGGUAUUUGUGGGAAAGGCUUUUCUCAAAAGGUUAAUCUUACCAUCCAUUCCCGUCGCCAUACAGGUGAAGAAACGGUGAAAAAAUUUGCUUGUCCGUUCUGUGAUAAAAAAUGUACGCGUAUGAGCGAACUGAAAGUUCACGUUAAAACCCAUUGGAGAAAAAUGCCUCACCCGUGUCAGCUUUGUAUGGAACGGUUCGCGGAAGUCACUACCUACUACGAGCAUCUGAAAACCCAGCACAAGGACGAACUGACACUUCAGGAGUGUAUCGAUAUGAUAGCACAGAGCGAAAAUGCUGAACUGAUCGUGCAGAAUGACUCCUACUCGGUCAGUGGUGACGAUGGGAGCUUCAUAUGCGCGGUUUGUCUUAAAACCUUCCGUAAUGAGAGGCUACUCCGAAAGCAUAAGCGGAAAAUACACCCCAAGGUGUUUGUUUGCUCUGAAUGUCCCAAGCGGUUUCUCUACAAAAGUUUGUUGGAUAAGCAUAUGCGGGUUCAUACUCAGGAGAAACCGUUUCAGUGUCAACAAUGCGAGAGAUCUUUUUCUCAAAAGGUAAACCUCGAGGUACAUCUCUUCAAAAGACACAACAUUCGUGUGAGAAACGCUUUAAGGAAAACUAACACCUGUGAAUUUUGCAACAAGGUUUUCGAUCGUCCCUCUACGCUGCAGGUCCAUAUACGGACACAUACCAAAGAACGUCCAUUCUUCUGUAGCGAUUGUCCCAAAACGUUCGUAUCGAAUAGUGCCCUUGCAUCGCACAUUAAGUACAAUCACCGAGGAGAAUCUUUACUACUGCAACCGUCGCAACGAAACUCGGCAGACAAAUCGGAUAACAUCAGCUUGAAUACGUGUGAUGAAUCCACCGACGCCACAAACAUGAUUCUAGUUGCUUCCGGAGAUGAUACUCAAAUGGUACAAUAUUCAAUAGAAUUUUUUAAUUCAAUCGAAUCCGUGAGCUCACUAUGUAAUAAUGACACAAUUUGAAAUAUAUUAUUGCAUGGAA